CCUGCUGGUCUAGCCUCCUAUUGGGCCUGUGGUUGCCUGUAACAGGGGUAUGGUGUGUGGACUGUCUCCUCAGUUUGCCUCCCAGCUGUGAUUAGGGUGACGGGUUCCUGGCAGGAGGGAGGGUGUGUGUGUAUCAUGGAGGUCAGUGGGCUGGUGGGGGGUCACCGUCUCUACUUCCCCUGCCUCUGCCAUGCCUGCAAGGAGGGCCCUGUGCAGAGGAGACUGGGGAAGGGUGGGGAUGCCUGCCCUGGCUGUGCCUAUGCUUUCCCAGGAUCUCCAUGGACAGAAGCUGAACUCAUUGCAAGGGCCCAGGGAGCAGAAGCCCAGCACAGUCUACCCCUAGCUGGUGACUCUGCAGAUCAGGCAGUGGGGAGCCACUUGGUCCUGCUGGAGAAAGGUCCUGAGCAGCCCCUUGCACCAUGGACCCUGACCCCCAGGCGGGUGUGCAGGUGGGCAUGCGAGUGGUGCGUGGCGUGGACUGGAAGUGGGGCCAGCAGGAUGGCGGCGAGGGCGGCGUGGGCACCGUGGUGGAGCUCGGGCGCCAUGGCAGCCCCUCCACCCCAGACCGCACAGUUGUCGUGCAGUGGGACCAGGGCACUCGCACCAACUACCGCGCCGGCUACCAGGGUGCCCACGACCUGCUGCUCUAUGACAAUGCGCAGAUUGGCGUCCGCCACCCCAACAUCAUCUGCGACUGCUGUAAGAAGCAUGGGCUGCGGGGCAUGCGCUGGAAGUGCCGCAUUUGCUUCGACUACGACCUCUGCACCCAGUGCUACAUGCACAACAAGCACGACCUCACCCACGCCUUCGAGCGCUACGAGACGGCCCACUCGCGCCCUGUUACCCUGAGUCCCCGCCAGGGUCUCCUUAGGAUYCCACUAAGGGGCAUCUUCCAGGGUGCAAAGGUGGUGCGAGGCCCCGACUGGGAGUGGGGCUCACAGGAUGGAGGGGAAGGCAAGCCAGGUCGUGUGGUGGACAUUCGUGGCUGGGAUGUGGAGACAGGCCGGAGUGUGGCCAGUGUGACAUGGGCAGAUGGGACGACCAAUGUGUACCGCGUGGGCCACAAGGGCAAGGUGGACCUCAAGUGUAUAGGCGAGGCAGCUGGCGGCUUCUACUACAAGGAGCACCUCCCCAGGCUGGGCAAGCCAGCAGAGCUGCAACGCAGGGUGAGUGCGGACGGCCAACCCUUCCAGCGUGGGGACAAGGUCAAGUGUCUGUUGGACAUAGACGUCCUGAGGGACAUGGAGGAAGGCCAUGGCGGCUGGAACCCCAGGAUGGCAGAGUUUAUCGGACAGACGGGCACCGUGCACCGCAUCACCGACCGUGGGGACGUGCGUGUGCAGUUCAACCACGAGACCCGCUGGACGUUCCACCCCGGGGCUCUCACCAAGCACAACUCCUUCUGGGUGGGCGAUGUGGUUCGUGUCAUCGAUGACCUGGACACUGUGAAGCGGCUGCAGGCUGGGCAUGGCGAGUGGACAGAUGACAUGGCCCCUGCCCUGGGCCGCAUCGGGAAAGUGGUAAAGGUAUUUGGAGAUGGGAACCUGCGUGUGGCAGUCGGUGGGCAGCGGUGGACCUUCAGUCCUUCCUGCCUGGUGGCUUACCGACCAGAGGAGGACACCAAUCUGGAUGUGGCUGAGCGUGCCCGGGAGAACAAAAGUUCACUGAGUGUGGCCCUGGACAAGCUGCGGGCUCAGAAGAGUGAUCCAGAGCACCCAGGGAGGCUGGUGGUGGAGGCAGCGCUGGGCAAUGUGGCCCGGGCUCUUGACCUGCUGCGGAGGCACCCAGAACAGGUGGACACCAAGAACCAGGGCAGGACUGCCCUGCAGGUGGCUUCGUACCUGGGCCAGGUGGAGCUCGUGCGACUGCUGCUGCAGGCAAGGGCAGGCGUGGACCUGCUGGAUGAUGAGGGCCACACUGCACUGCACUAUGCAGCCCUGGGGAACCAGCCUGAGGCUGCCCGGAUGCUCCUGAGUGCAGGGUGUGGGGCAGAUGCCCUCAAUGGUGCCCGGAGCACAGCGCUGCACUUGGCUGUGCAGAGGGGCUUCCUGGAGGUGGUGAGGAUCCUAUGUGAGCGUGGCUGUGAUGUCAACCUUCCUGAUGCCCAUGCCAAUACACCUCUGCACUCUGCCAUCUCCGCGGGGGCCGGCGCCAAUGGCAUCGUGGAGGUCCUCACCGAGGUUCCGGGCAUCAACGUUGCUGCUGCUGACAGCCAGGGCUUCACACUCUUGCACCAUGCGUCCCUCAAGGGCCACGCGCUAGCCGUCAGGAGGAUUCUGGCACGGGCCCGGCAAUUGGUGGACGCCAAGAAGGAGGAUGGCUUUACUGCGCUGCAUCUGGCUGCCCUCAACAACCACCGUGAGGUGGCUCAGAUCCUCAUCCAAGAAGGCCGCUGUGAUGUGAACGUGCGCAACCGGAAGCUCCAGUCCCCAUUGCACCUGGCCGUGCAGCAGGCCCAUGUGGGGCUGGUGCCCCUGCUGGUGGAUGCUGGUUGCAGUGUUGACACCGAGGAUGAGGAGGGGGACACGGCCCUGCAUGUGGCGCUGCAGCGCCAUCAGCUGCUCCCCCUGGUGGCUGACAGGGCUGGGGGGGACCCAGGGCCCUUGCAGCUGCUGUCCAGGCUACAGGCCUCAGGCCUCCCAGGCAGCUCGGAGCUGACGGUGGGUGCUGCGGUGGCAUGCUUUCUGGCACUGGAGGGUGCUGAUGUGACCUAUUCCAACCAUCGUGGCCGAAGCCCUCUGGACCUGGCCACAGAAAGCCGUGUGCUCAAAGCUCUGCAGGGCUGUGCCCAGCGCUUCCGGGAGCGACAGGCCGGCGGCGGCGGCGGCGGCGGCGGCGGCGGGGGGAGCGCGGUCCUGGGCCCCAGGCACGUGCUCAGCACUCCCAACACGGUGACGAACCUGCACGUGGCUGCCACUGCGGGGCCCGAGGCUGCUGAGUGUCUGGUGUGCUCGGAGCUGGCGCUGCUAGUUCUGUUCUCGCCGUGCCAGCACCGCACUGUGUGCGAAGAGUGCGCGCGCCGGAUGAAGAAGUGCAUCAGGUGCCAGGUGGUCAUCAACAAGAAGCUGCGUCCAGAUGGCUCCGAGGUGGCAAGUGCUACCCCGGCGCCUGGUCCGCCGCGGCAGCUGGUGGAGGAGCUUCAGAGCCGCUACCGGCAGAUGGAGGAGCGCAUCACCUGCCCGAUCUGCAUCGACAGCCACAUCCGCCUCGUGUUCCAGUGUGGCCACGGCGCGUGCGCACCCUGCGGCGCCGCGCUCAGCGCCUGUCCCAUCUGCCGCCAGCCCAUCCGCGACCGCAUCCAGAUUUUCGUGUGAACGCGCGGCCCUCUGGAGCUGCCUCGCACCCCUGUGUUUUAUAAAAAGAUUCUCG